AUGAAGUUGUUCUUUCUGGUGGUUUUACUGUGCCUCGUACAAGGUAAAUAUUUGUGAGAUGCACGUCGUUAAUUUGAGCAAUGUCUUACUUGGCUUUUAGGAAGCUUGGCUGGCACCAGAGGAAGAAGAAGAGUUGGAGUUAGAGUUGGAGGUGGGGGUGGAGGUAGAGGUGGAGGUGGAAGUCGUUGGCCGGAGAUACUUAUAGACGUACUUGGUCAAGUUCAGUUCAAUCCAAUGGCCAUAGUCACCGGAGGUGCCCAACAAGUUCACCCCUCUCAAUUGGGAUACCCGAUGGGUGUUCAUCCGCAGAAUAUACAGCUAAUGCAACAACAAGGCGGAUAUCCGAUGAACCCACCCAUGCAACCUGGAUAA